GGCAAACAAUAAGAAGAAGAAUAUGAAUUUUGCAUUUAUAUCCACCGGCAUUUAUAUUACCGUUCAUUGCAAAUUACAAGUGAAAAUCAAUAUAAUUUAUAAAUUCAGUUUGAACUACUAACAUUUACGGAUAUUUGUGUUCUUAAAAAUGUCGCAAAGUCCAUUCGCUACCUCCAAACGAGGUCUCAUCCAAAUCAAACCGUUGCAAGCACAACAAAAUACGAGUCGCAAUGAUCUCACGUUGUUGCCCAACGAAUUGUCCCGUAUUUUGGACCAAUCGCAACGACAAUUGUCACAUAAUAAUUCCAGUGCAUUUUUUGAUCAUUUCAAUCUGACUGCAGGUGACGGCAUGACCGCCAGUGAGCGUUCGGUUCUGGGCGACACCCAUCACAUGUGCUCGCUGAAAGAGAAAACAGAUUUGCUAUUUCCUCAAUUCUUAGAAGUUUUACAAGGACGCACAAAUGACUCGGAAGUUUUUGAUACCAUACAAGAUUUGAUACAGACGUGCGCUGGAGUCGCCGAUGAGUUACAAAGAGAACAACGCCAAGGAGCCAGUAACACCAAAGGCCAGAUGGGCAAUACGUUGUGGUUGGAGCAGGAAAUGAAAACGUGGAAACUUUUAUAUGCGCUAUACAAGGAUCGUAUAAUGGUGCAAGCAGAAGGCGAAGGCAUGGAUUGUGAGAUGCCCCCUUUGGGAGGUUCAGAGAAAGAGGUUAUUACACAACUGUAUGCGUGCAACUCUACAUUGCGAGAGUAUCAGUUAAUGGUCGACUGGCUUGAAGCUUGCUAUGAGCAAAAAGAUUCACAGCCACAGGUGGGUCAUGUAACUAAUCGCUCGGUGGGCUGGGAAAACACCCUCUUCAAGUUGCAAAAUCGUCGUGAUGUUGCAUUCGGCACUGGAGUGGAAAUUGUCAAGUCUCUAGAUCCAGAUGCGCCGAUUCGUGAACGUCGCCCACUUCAUGCGUUGGAUGAGGAAGAUAAUUUACGCUUAUCACGCUGUAUUUUCACGGAAAUACGUCAAGGCCGCAUCGACGAAGCUAUGGCACUUUGCAAAUACAGUGGUCAAACUUGGCGCGCUGCUAUACUUGAAGGUUGGCGUCUACAUGAAGAUCCUAACUAUGAAUCGCAUAUGAAUACACGAGAAAAACUGCCAAUUGAAGGUAACCCGCGGCGUGAUAUAUGGAAGAAAUGCGCCUGGUUGAUGGCCGAUUCGAAAAAGUUUGACGAGUAUACACGCGCCAUAGCGGGUGCUUUUUGUGGUCAUCUCGACUCGUUAAAAGCUUUAUUAAACGGCUCGUGGGAAGAUCUGCUUUGGGCAUAUCUUAAGGUUCAAAUUGAUAUACGUGUUGAAAGUGAAAUACGCGCGUGCUGCAUGAAAGCAUAUCAACAGCUACCGGACGGAUAUUGGAAUGCAAAAAUGUCACUAGAGCAGAUUUUCGAAGAACUUUCUGUUAGCAAUGAUGCCACCGUUCGCGACUAUGCCUGCAGUAAAGUUGGGACAAUACAAAAGUACUUGAUAUUAGACAAUAUAGGGGAGUUAUUGCAACACAUGCGACAUUGGGUGGAGGAUGCCAAUAAUUCCAGUGAUCUGAGCGAACCUCUUUCUCCACAUCUUUUGCGCUUCCUAACGCAUAUUGUUCUCUUCAUGCGUCAAAUAGGGCGCGUUGAUAAAGAAGAGACUGCAGAUCGUAUAGUUGCUGCAUAUGUGGAAUCGUUGAUUGACAUGGGCGAUGCACAAUUAGUCGCUUUCUACACUGCAGCGCUUCCUGGAAAAAUGCAAAUGUUAUUAUACUCGAAAUUCCUUGAAAGAGUCACUGAGACCACAGCCCGCUCGGCAGCGCUCACAGAAGCCCUUAGCGCUGGUUUGGAUGUAGAAAAUAUUACACGCCACACAGUAGAGGCCAUACGACAACGAAUGCCAGUUGAUGCAGACGAAGCUGGUGCAGCGCGCGAAAAACUUCAAGUUGGCGAUAUUUCACCUUUCGACCAACGAAAAAUCAGUGCGCUGGAGUGGCUCACUUUUUUGCCUACACAACGUGGAGAGCUCCUGUGGCAAGCGAAUGCAAUGAUACGGACGUAUGUUGCCGAGAACAAAUCCGAAUGUGUGCGCGCCGUUUAUGAAAUGGUGCCCACCGAUUCACUAUCGCAAAUAAUCAACAUAUUUGGAUCGAAGGAUAACUUUCCUUGUCGCGAGGAGUGCAGCAUUAAAGAAUAUCUCAGUUAUAAAGUAUAUUUAACAGCCAUAGAUAGUUUUAGCGAUUGGUCCCGCCUACUACACAACCGUCCAAAGGAACCACAGCUUGUUGCAGGAGGUGCUAAUUUCACCGAGCGUAUUGCAUCAGAGCACAAGGAGCAGGUUUAUCGCGCUGAACUGAAACGCUGGGAAGCGAACUUGGAAGAGCAGAGUAAAUUAACGCGAGAUGCGCUUUUUAAUAUAUUACUAUUUCCUGAAAAGGGGUGGUUAAUCGAUCCGGAUACACCCAAAGAUCCCGUAAAAGUCAGUGAGUUGGAUUGGGAAAAUCGCCAAAUACAGUUGGAGAAAUUACGAAGUAUCUGUUUGCCCGAAGUGGUGCUACUAUUGCAUAAAGUUUUGCAUGUCGCCGGUGAUUAUCAAGGUUGUGUGAAAUUGUCCGACGAGAUCGCAUCAGAAACUCGUCAACUUUACAAAGUGUAUACGAAGCAUAAGCUGGCUGAGUUGCUUUCGAAAUUGGCCGAAUCAUCACUGGAACUUCUUAACAAGAAACUGGAUCCUUGGGGAUAUGCGACCACACUCUAAAGUUUUGGAUUAAAUAAUUAAUCUUUUUGUUCGUUUUAUAUUUUUAAAUGUCCAAUCAUUUAUUUGUAAUUUGUAAGUGAA